UUUGAUUGGCUGAGGGUGGAGUUCGUAUCUGCUCGUUUAGCGCCACUCGGGUGGCUGCGGCUGCUGCGAGUGUGCGACUCCAGGUGGGCUCACGCGGGCGGAGAAAUCUUGCUCGAAAAGCUGCAGAAGGACACAGCCGGCUUAGGUAGUAGAGCAGCAGGUCCCGGAGUAGCAGACUCAGCUCUGGCAUCACCUUCCUGGUGUGCUUUAAGGAAAACUCAUCAGGACCUUUGUAUCUGCAAAGCUGUGUAAAUGCAAUCAGUACAAAAAACUGAUCCGGUGAAAGUGAUGUGAUGAAUAACUCAGUCCAGAAGAACUAUAGGUCUAGACUGUUAGAAUUUUAAAUUUUGCAGAGCAUGCUUGCUCUGGAUUUUUUUUUUUUUUGCCAUUGUAGUAUGCCCAUCCUUCACUCUUGAACUUUAAGUCUUGUUCCUUGAAACUCACCUUAUUGUUGGACACUUUCCUUGAGGUCGUGAUGUCUCAGAAGAAGGAUGUGGAGCAUCAGCAGUCUCAGGGCAGUGGUGCCUGCUCACAGUCCCAAGGCAGCUUCUCGCAGCCCCCUGGCCUCUCCUCACAGACACAAGGCUCCUCUUCACAGUCCCAGGGCACGUCCAGCUCCUCCACCAGCACAGCGCCCACGUCCAGCCAGUCCUCUCACUCCAGCUCGGGGACAGUGAGCUCCUUAGACACAGUGUCUACUCAGGAACUCUAUUCUAUUCCCGAGGACCAAGAACCCGAGGAGCCUGUCCCUGCCCCUUGGGCUCGAUUAUGGGCCCUUCAGGAUGGAUUCUCCAAUCUUGACUGUGUUAAUGACAGCUACUGGUUUGGGAGGGAUAAAAGCUGUGAAUAUUGCUUUGACGAGCCACUGCUGAAAAAAACGGAUAAAUACCGGACUUACAGCAAGAAGCACUUUCGGAUUUUCAGAGAAAUGGGUCCUAAAAACUCUUACAUCGCAUACAUCGAAGAUCACAGUGGGAAUGGAACCUUUGUAAAUAGAGAGCUUGUAGGGAAAGGGAGACGCCUUCCUUUGAAUAACAAUUCUGAAAUCGCACUUUCAGUAUGCAGUAAUAAAGUUUUUGUAUUUUUUGAUCUGACUGUAGAUGAUCAGUCAGUUUAUCCUAAGGAAUUAAGAGAUGAAUACAUCAUGUCAAAAACUCUUGGAAGUGGUGCCUGUGGUGAGGUGAAGCUAGCUUUUGAGAGGAAAACAUGUAAGAAAGUAGCCAUAAAGAUCAUCAGCAAAAGGAAGUUUGCUAUUGGCUCUGGGAGAGAGGCAGAUCCAGUUCUCAAUGUUGAAACAGAAAUAGAAAUUUUGAAAAAGCUAAAUCAUCCUUGUAUCAUCAAGAUUAAAGACUUUUUUGAUGCUGAAGAUUAUUAUAUUGUUUUGGAAUUGAUGGAAGGAGGAGAGCUGUUUGACAGGGUAGUGGGGAAUAAACGCCUGAAAGAAGCUACAUGCAAACUGUAUUUUUACCAGAUGCUCCUGGCUGUACAGUACCUUCAUGAAAAUGGCAUUAUCCAUCGGGACUUAAAGCCAGAGAAUGUUCUACUCUCAUCUCAAAAAGAGGACUGUCUUAUAAAGAUUACUGAUUUUGGGCAGUCCAAGAUUUUGGGGGAGACCUCCCUCAUGAGAACUUUAUGUGGUACCCCCACCUACUUGGCUCCUGAGGUUCUUAAUUCCUUUGGGACUGCUGGAUAUAACCGUGCUGUGGACUGCUGGAGUUUAGGAGUUAUUCUUUUUAUUUGCCUUAGUGGGUAUCCACCUUUCUCUGAGCAUAAGACUCAAGUGUCACUGAAGGAUCAGAUCACCAGUGGAAAGUACAACUUCAUUCCUGAAGUCUGGGCAGAGGUCUCAGAGAAGGCUCUGGACCUUGUCAAGAAGUUGUUGAUAGUGGAUCCAAAGGCACGUUUUACGACAGAAGAAGCUUUAAGGCACCCAUGGCUUCAGGAUGAGGACAUGAAGAGAAAAUUUCAGAAUUUGCUUUCUGAAGAAAAUAAGUCAACAGCUCUACCUGAGGUCCCAGCCCAGCCUUCCACAAGUCGAAAGCGGCUUCUGGAAGGGGAAGCGGAGGAUGCUGACACCACAAAGCGCCCAACUGUGUGCACUGCUGUCUCAUGAACACUGGUUGAACGUGAAAGAAAUGUACUUUCUUGAACCCUG